AUGAAGGAUUCGUCGAGACAGAGUUCUUCGCUGGGGUUUAGCAGCAAGAACAAGAAGAAAUGGCAGAGAAGGCGGAAUGGCUGUGGAUCAAUAGAAGAUACACUUGCAAAGUGGAAUAGACACAACAAACUUCAAAUAAGCAAGGUUCCAGGAAAGGGCUCAAAAAAGGGUUGCAUGAAAGGAAAAGGUGGCCCGGAGAAUAGGAACUGCAGAUACAGAGGUGUCAGACAGAGAACAUGGGGCAAGUGGGUUGCUGAAAUUAGAGAACCUGCCAAAAAAUGCAGUUUAAUGAACAAACAAACAAGUAGACUCUGGCUUGGUACAUUUUCUACUGCUGUUGAAGCUGCUCGCGCUUAUGAUUAUGCUGCGAAGGCUAUGUAUGGUCCUAAUGCCAUUCUCAAUUUCCCUGACUCCUCUGUCAAAUCAGGGGACCAUUUGGAUAAUUUGUCGUCUUCCAUUACUGCAACUGAGACGUCAUCAACUGAGUCAAGGACAACAUUGGAUAGCUAUGAGGGUAAAAAGGUUGAGAACUUAAAGAUGAAUCAUUGUUGGUCUAGAGAAGGAAUUAGACAGUCAGACUCUUCUGGGAUUUGUGCUUUCCAAGAAUCAGAGGAGGAAGUUGAGAAACUUCAGGUGGCAGAGAGCAGUGCAAUGGAGUUAAAAGCUGAGGAAAGGAUUUUAGCAAAUGAUUGGAGAUCGUCUCGUCAUAUUAAAGCUGAAGCACCUGUAUCGAGGGGAGAAAUCGAUGGAGAACUUGCUGAAAUUUUGAAAGCUUGGGGCUGUUGUGGUAUCAAUGACAGAUAUGGACUCUUGCAGAAUGAGACAGAAAAUGUAGAAUAUAAAUUAAAGGAGGUUGAUCAUCAACCUCUCUGUCAGGAGAUUGAAUCCGGAUUUAGUACCAGAGUCAACGAGUGCGUAGAUUCGGACUAUGAUAUCAGAACUGAUCAUCAACCUCUCUAUAAUGUUGAGAGGCCAAUACUGAGGACAGCAACAGGGGGAGAGUUUUCAGGCUUGAAAUUCAGUGAUCACUCUGAUGCUAGGCGUGAUCACUUGAACCCGGGUUUAUGCGAUCCAGAAAUUGAUGUCAAGCCUUUUAUCCAAGGUGUUUCUGAUAAUUCUGCGUUAAAAGGAGGGAGGAAUUAUGGUUAUGAUCCCGGCAAGGUUGGUUCUGCAAGCCCCCUACAGAGUGGAAGGCCACCUGGAUUCUCCUCCCAGUUGCAGGCCCCAGGAACCAAUAUACCAGGUAGCUUGAGUUACAUUCAGGAGGCAGAUUUAGGUCUGGGUUGCAGUUUUGAUCUAUCAAAGCAGGACUUCACCUGGGGCGUCGUUGGAGAGCCAGGCCUGCUUGACUCGUGGUUUCCCUGA